AAGGGUUAUUUUUAGCACUUUUCAAGUUUGUUUUUGUUGUGAUUAAAUUUUUUAUUCCAGUAAGAUCAAUUAUUGUUAACAUAAAAACCUUCUUAGGAUAUUUAAUGAAAUGAAAAUUUGUGUGCAGGGCGAAAAUGUACUUGGCUUCAAAUUGAUCUAACAAAGUAAGGUGCAAGUAAUUUUAAGGUUUUACACACUCAGCAUGCCAACAUUCCUAACACCGGGCCGGCAUGGCUACAGUGUUCGCUUCUCCCGCACAAGACCUGAUGCGUUGGCUGUGGCUACAAGUCAAUACUAUGGCCUGGCUGGAGGUGGGACUCUGUUUUUCUUGGAACUGGCACCAGAUGGGACAACUAUUGUGGAAAUGCAGAAGUUGGAGUGGACAGAUGGAUUGUUCGAUGUGACAUGGUCAGGCACGGCAGAUGGAGUAGCCGCAUGUGGUGCUGGAGACGGCGCCGUUAUAGUAUGGAGGGGAGGUUGCGCCGCUCCUCUAAGGGUUCUGAGGGCACAUCUCAGCGAAGUGUGCUCGGUGGACUGGCCUAGAGCUCAUUUAUUGAGUGCUAGUUGGGACACUACUGUUAAAUUGUGGGACCCCGAAGCAGAAGUAUGCCUCAGCACGUUCGCGGGUCAUUCUCAACUGGUCUACACGGCAACGUUCUCGCCCCAUUCGCCUGCCACAUUCGCUUCGGUGUCAGGUGAUGGCCAUCUAAAGCUGUGGACUUGUACGGAACCUUCGAGGCCUGCUGCGGUUGUAAAAGCCCACGAAGCUGAGGUGCUAUCGUGCGACUGGAGUAGAAUGGAGACGCAUGCGCUCGCGACGGCCGGAUCGGACGGACUCAUUCGAGGCUGGGACCUCAGAAGACUCACUUCUCCUAUGUUUACGUUAAAAGGUUGCGAGUGUGCAGUGCGGAGAGUGCAGUUUUCCCCACAUGCACCGUCCGUUAUAGCGGCGGUAUCUUAUGAUUUCACCACUAGGAUAUGGGACUUAAAACGCGGCUGUGAUCCAUUAGAAACUAUACGGCAUCAUUCCGAGUUCACGUAUGGCCUUGACUGGAAUGCGUUGAGGCCUCACCAGAUAGCCGACUGUGGUUGGGAUUCGCUUGUGCACGUUUUCACGCCGAGGUCUCUAGUGUGAGAUAUGGGUACAUGGAAACAGGGUAUGGAAAAAAGGAAAAGGUGUGGCGUUACUUAGAGUAUUAAAAGUUGUAUUAUAAUGCGUAUUAUCUACUCAUUAAUAAUGUGCCAAUACGAUGGAAAUAAUCGUUAAUUUAUGAGCAUUUACACCUACAUUCCUAUGAAGUAUAUGCAGCACCAAGCAGUAUGUUGAAAGAUGAUGUGACAUUGCAUACUUGCAAUUGUAACACAAUCCAAUAACUUCAGAGUAAAAUGGAACUAAUUGGUCUUGUUUUAAAGCUUAAAUUGGUCCAUCUACAGCCACCAUAGUGGCAAGAUUGCAAUUGUAACACGAAUGAAAAUAGCGUCAGAGUGAACUGGACCCAAUUAAUCUUGUUUUAAAGCUUAAAUUCAUAAAUCUUCUAUAGCCAGAUGUCUGAAUCUAAUGUCAGAGUAAAAUUGACCUUAUGCACCUCGCUUUAAGGCUUAAACUGGUCCGGUCCAUCUUCGGCCAGCGUAGUGACUGCAAUUUUAUCACGAAUAAUGCAAUUCUAACGACAGAGUAAAAUUGAUCUAACGUAUCUUGUUUUGAAGCUUUAUUUUGUCCAGAUCUCUACAGCAAAUGUAUCGGCACGCUUACAGUCGUAAUACAAAUGUAUCACCAUAACGGCAUAGUAAAAUGCACCUAAUGAGCCUUGUAUUAAAGGUUAAGUUUGUCUACUCUUCUGCUUGUACCAAACGAAACACUAUCAGGGUGAAUUUAACCUUUGGAACAAUGAUGCUUGGCGUCAAAAAUAAACAUGGAUUUAGUACUUCUCUGGACAAGCUCUGCCACAAAAAGGUCUUCUACUACGAAUGGAGUAAUUAUGACGUAAUGUUCGAUCACAUUGAACGCACAUGCAUCCGAUAAUUGAAUGCCAACUUUUGGCAUAAUUUGAACCUAUUAAGGAAUGCUUGUAAAUAAAUUCAGUUAGAAAUCUUAUGUCAAUACCAAUAAGGUUUAAUUUUCAGCAAUUUUAAUUUAUGGUUUAUAUUUUAUCUUUUGUAUAGAAAGCUUCUAUUGAUGUUAAUGUAUUUGUUAUGAAUGUAAAUAAUAUUCCUAAGUCUUAAAUGAUUACAUAAUUGUUGAUUUGAGUGUAUCACAGCUUCUGACAAACGUUAAGGUAACCGUCGAUUAAAUUUUUACUAAAGUCAGUAACAUAACUGGCAAUUUGAAAUCCUGUAAAACUGUAAAAAAAAGCUUUGGUACACUCAUUACAACAAACGAUAUUACCAA